CUGCAGGGAGCCACUCCCAUGGGCUCCCCUCCAGCCCCAGGCCUGGAAGCACUAGGAACCCUGGGAUGGGACAGAACCCCCAAUGCGGGGCUUUAGCAGUGGCCAGGCUCAUUUGGUCCCAUCACCUCUGCAACACUUGGUGAAACCAAGGUCCUUAGAUCAGGCACAGACUAGAGCCCAGGCCCUCCCAGAGCUCUUAAGGAAGGCCCUCCAUGCCCCUGGGCCAUGGGAGGGGGUUUCAAGGGGGUUAGGGUUGGGUAGGGGUGAGAAGCAGCUUGUCCGGGCGAGGACGAGGCAGGGCAGUGCCCGCCGGUGGGGUGUGCCCACGUGCCAGAGCUGGAGUGAACCAAAGCGAGUGGUCCAGCAGGCACAUCCCAGCUGGCGUGGGUCAGAGCGCCCAUCACUGACCCGUGAGAACCUGACUGCCCCUGCCAGCUCUGGCACUGCUCUCUCCCCAGCGCCCCGCCCUAGCACCCCGGGGGGCACCCCGCCCCACCAUGGCCUCGACCGGCCCCUCCCGCCCUUUGCUCCAGUUCCCGGGCUUGGCACCUAUAGUGGGGGUGCUGCCCGCCUGCCAGGCUCCGAGGCCGGGCCCACGGGAGGGUGGGGCGGCUGGGAAGCUGGCACACUGCCCCAGGGGAGCCUCUCUCGGCAGGCGCCCGGGUGCCGCGGGGGGGAGGGGGGAACAAAGGGCCCAUUCUCCCCGUGCGCAGCCGGUGGCAUCGCCGGGGCGUUGGCGGAAGCCCCCGGGGCCCGGGAGGGGGCAGGCCCAGGCGGGGCCGCCGAAUCACGGGCUCCUGUUUCCCGCAGGGUGCUGGAGGCGGAAACCGGCGGAGCAGCUUCCCCACUCUCAGUUGCGCGUCUGGCGAUGGCGAUCAGAGGUCCUGCUGCGCUCCCUGCCGCGCUGUCCCUCCAUUAGCCGCGCUGCGCGGUGCUGCGCCCUCGCUGGUGCCCCACUCUUGGGUCCCGGGAUCGGCCCCCCUUGCAGGCACGACCCCCUUCCCCGGCCCCUCGGCCUUUCCCCCCAACUCGGCCACCUCCGACCCGGGGCGCACGUUCCCCCCGGCCCGGCUUGUCUCUCCCUCCGGGGGCACCCGCUCCUUAGCCCCGGCCCGGCCCUCCCCGCGUCGCAGCACGGAGUCUCGGCGUCCCAUGGCGCAACCCACAGCCUCGGCCCAGAAGCUGGUGCGGCCGAUCCGCGCCGUGUGCCGCAUCCUGCAGAUCCCGGAGUCCGACCCCUCCAACCUGCGGUCCUAGAGCGCCCCCGCCGUCCCGGGGGAGAGCGAGCGCGAGAGCGCUGAGUGGAGAGCGGGAGACCGUGUCCUUGUCCGCCGGCCGGGAGGCCCCGGAGCCAGCCCAUGGGGAGCAGGUGCCCAGAGCCGGCUAGGACCACCACUUCCCGCGCCGCGCCCGGCCUGUGAAGCCCAGGGACCCCUCUGGGAGAGCCCCAUGAGGGCAGGAGAGUGAUGGAGAGUACGCCCAGCUUCCUGAAGGACACUCCAAUCUGGGAGAAGACGGCCCCUGAGAACAGCAUCGUGGGACAGGAGCCAGGGACCCCACCUCGAGAUAGCCUGCGUCGUGGGGCACUGUGCCUGGGAGAGCCUGCUCCCUUCUGGAGGGGCAUCCUGAGCACCCCAGACUCCUGGCUUCCCCCUGGUUUCCCCCAGGGCCCAAAGGACACGCUCCCACUUGUGGAGGGUGAGGGUCCCCAGAAUGGGGAGAGGAAGGCCAGCUGGCUGAGCAGUAAAGAGGGACUGCAUUGGAAGGAGGCCAUGCGUACCCAUCCACUGGCAUUCUGCGGGCCAGCGUGCCCACCUCACUACAGCCCCCUGAUUCCUGAGCAUAGUGGUGGCCAUCCCAAGAGUGACCCUGUGGCCUUCCGGCCUUUACAAUGCCCUUUCCUUCUGGAGACCAAGAUCCUGGAGCAAGCUCCCUUCUGGGUGCCUACCUGCUUCCCACCCUACCUAGUGUCUGGCCUGCCCCCAGAGCGACCAUGUGACUGGCCCUUGGCCCCGCACCCCUGGGUAUACUCUGGGGGCCAGCCCAAAGUGCCCUCUGCCUUCAGUUUAGGCAGCAAGGGCUUCUGCAAGGAUCCGAGCAUUUUGGGGCAGGCAAAGGAGCCCUUGGCAGCUGCGGAAGCUGGGCUGCUGGGCUUAGCCCCUGGCCGGCCUCUCCAGAGAGCCAGGGAAGCUGAGCACCCAUCAUUCCACCAGAGGGAUGGAGAGACAGGAGCUGUCAGGCAGCAGAAUCUUUGCCCAUUUUUCCUGGGACAUCCAGGCACUGUUCCCUGGACGCCCUGGCCCACUUGUCCCCCAGGCCUUGUCCAUACUCUUGGCAAUGUCUGGGCUGGACCAGGCAAUGGGAGCCUUGGGUACCAGCUGGGGCCAUCUGCCACACCACAAGGCUCCUCUCCUAUGCCUCCUACCACCCCCAGGGCCUGUUGUUCAUCCCACCCACCCACUAGGGAUGGGGGUCUUGGCCCUUAUGGGAAAUGCCAGGAGAGCCUGGAGAUGGGUACCAGCGGGUCCAGUGAAUCCAGCGAGGAAGUGAGCAAGGCCACGGAUCUCAGGGCCUGCCCCCCAAGCCACCACACCAAGCUGAAGAAGACAUGGCUCACGCGACACUCUGAGCAGUUUGGAUGUCCAGGUGGCUGCCCUGUGGAUGAGGAGAGCCCAGCUACCCGGCUCCGGGCCCUCAAGAGGGCAGGCAGCCCUGAGGUCCAGGAAGCAGUGGGCAGCCCAGCCCCCAAGCGGUCACCUGACUCUUUCCCAGGCCCUGCAGGGCAGGGGGCUGGGGCUUGGCAGGAGAUGCUGGAAGCAUCAAGAGGGAACAAGGUGGAGGCAGGACAGCAUGAUGACCAGAAAGGAUGCCAAGAAGGCCCAGCCAGCCUCCAGGAUCCAGGACUUCAGGACAUACCCUGCUCUGCCUUUCUGGUGGGCCUCGCUCAAUGCCAAAGCUGUGCCCAGGCAACUGGAGAUAGGGGAGGGCUGGCCUGCCACUCCCAGCAAGUACAGAGAUUGCCUUUGGGAGGGGAGCAGCAGCAGAAGGAGGAUGCGGCAGGCAGCACCAGCUCCGAGGAGGGUCAGGGGUCCGGCAUGGAGGCCCCCCUUAGUACAGGCCUUGCCAAGCACCUGCUCAGUGGUUUGGGAGACCGACUGUGCCGCCUGCUGCGGAGGGAGCGGGAGGCCCUGGCCUGGGCACAGCGGGAAGGCCAGGGGCCAGCCGUGACAGAGGACACCCCAGGCAUUCCACGCUGCUGUAGCCGUUGCCAUCAUGGACUUUUCAACACCCACUGGCAAUGCCCCCGGUGCAGCCAUCGGCUCUGUGUGGCCUGUGGCCGCAUGGCAGGUGCUGGAAGGGCCAGGGAGAAAGCAGGCUCACAGGAGCAGUCUACAGAGGAGUGUGCCCAGGAGGCUGGGCACCCUGCCUGUUCCCUGAUGCUGACCCAGUUUGUCUCCAGCCAGGCUUUGGCGGAACUGAGCGCUGCAAUGCACCAGGUCUGGGUCAAGUUUGACAUCCGAGGGCAUUGUCCAUGCCAAGCUGAUGCCCGGGUGUGGGCCCCUGGGGAUGGGGGCCAGCAGAAGGAGCCCUCAGAGAAAACACCCCCAACUCCACAACCUUCCUGUAAUGGGGACACCAACAGGACAAAGGACAUCAAAGAGGAGACCCCAGACUCCACGGAGACCCCAGCAGAGGACCGUGCUGGCCGAAGGUCCCUGCCUUGUCCCUCUCUCUGUGAACUGCUGGCCUCUACUGCAGUCAAACUAUGCCUGGGCCAUGAGCGGAUACACAUGGCCUUUGCCCCUGUCACCCCAGCCCUGCCUAGUGACGACCGCAUCACCAACAUCUUGGACAGCAUCAUCGCACAGGUGGUAGAGCGGAAGAUCCAGGAGAAAGCCCUGGGGCCGGGACUGCGGGCUGGCCCAGGCCUGCGCAGGGGCUUAGGCCUGCCCCUCCCCCCUGUGCGGCCCCGGCUGCCAUCCCCGGGGGCUCUGCUGUGGCUGCAGGAGCCCAGGCCUCGGCAAGGCUUCUACCUCUUCCAGGAACACUGGAGACAGGGCCAGCCCGUGUUGGUGUCAGGGAUCCAGAGGGCAUUGAGAGGCAGCCUAUGGGGGGCGGAAGCUCUUGGCGCGCUUGGAGGCCAGGUGCAGGCGCUCACACCCCUGGGGCCUCCCAAGCCCACAAGCCUGGGCAGCAAGACAUUCUGGGAGGGCUUCUCCCAGCCUGAGAUUCGCCCAAAGUCAGACGAGGGUUCUGUCCUCCUGCUGCACCGAGCUCUGGGGGACAAGGACACCAGCAGGGUGGAGAAUCUGGCGGCCAGCCUGCCACUCCCAGAGUACUGUGCCCAACAUGGGAAACUCAACCUGGCUUCCUACCUCCCACCGGGCCCUGCCCUGCAUCCACUGGGGCCCCAACUCUGGGCAGCCUAUGGUGUGAGCCCACACCGUGGACACCUGGGGACCAAGAACCUCUGUGUGGAGGUGACUGACCUGGUCAGCAUCCUGGUGCAUGCCGAGGCACCACAACCUGCCUGGCACCGGGCACAGAAAGACUUCCUUUCAGGCCUGGACGGGGAGGGGCUCUGCUCUCCAGGCAGUCAGGUCAGCACCGUGUGGCACGUGUUCCGGGCACAGGACGCCCAGCGAAUCCGCCGCUUUCUCCAGAUGGUGUGCCCAUCUGGGGCGGGCACUCUGGAGCCCGGGGCCCCAGGCAGCUGCUACCUGGAUGCAGGGCUGCGGCGGCGCCUGCGUGAGGAGUGGGGCGUGAGCUGCUGGACACUGCUGCAGGGACCCGGGGAGGCCGUGCUAGUGCCCGCGGGGGCUCCACACCAGGUACAGGGCCUGGUAAGCACAGUCAACGUCACUCAGCACUUCCUAUCCCCUGAGACUUCUGCCCUCUCUGCUCAGCUCUGCCACCAGGGACCCAGCCUGACCCCUGACUGCCACCUACUUUAUGCCCAGAUGGACUGGGCUGUGUUCCAAGCAGUGAAGGUGGCUGUGGGGACAUUACAGGAGGCCAAAUAGGGGAGUUCCUAUUGUCUGGGGUAGGGGGUCAGGGCAGGUAGACCAGGUGCAUAAUGAGGUGCAGAUGCAGUGGCAACAGGGAAGGAUGUGGGGGACUUGGGGGCUUUUGGUCAAUCCCAUAAUUACCACUCUGGGCACAAGUGGAGUGCUCCAUUCCCCACCCCUGCCCCUGGACCCUAAAACCAAUAACCACAGUGCCACAGAAGCUCACACCUGCCCUUCACAGGCUGGCUCCUGCCCCACCCCUGUGUCCCUUUUCAUGGUACCAAGCCCACAUUGGGGGUGAUUGACUACUUCCAACCCUGCACCCUGCCCAGGAGACAAGCAGCCCUUCCUUGGGGGACCUCGGGAAUCAUUCUGGCUUAAGCAGCACCUCCUCAUGCCACCUUACCUCUGCCAUCCACCCAUGUCCUGGCUCUGCUUAUGCUACUGCAUCAUCAUUGGGCUCACUGUAGACAUGCUGGACAAGGGGCCGCUGAAAUUCUGUCCUCCUGCCAGAAGAGCUGGGAAGUGUGGAGAGGGGACAGCAUCAGGGACUGCCCAGGCUUGGUAGCAGGGAAAGGCGUGGGUGAUGCCACCCUGCCCUGCUCCCUUUGCCCGCCCCACUCCUUCAUGAUUUCCAUUAAAGUCUGUUGUUUUGUGA